AUGACGGAAGAGCUCAGUGUAAAGGAGCUUCACUUACAAUUUACACCCAGGUGUCAGCUUUCCCAGGCGCUGAACGGUGUCUCUGACAAAGCUAAAGAUGCCAAGGAGUUCCUGGUUCAACUCAAAAACAUGCUUCAGCAGAUACAGGAGAACGGUGUGGAGUUUGAAGCUUGCCUCGUGGCUCAGUGUGACUCUCUGAUCGAGGCGCUGACCAGACAGAAAGCCAAACUGCUCACGAAAGUUACCAAGGAGAAGGAGUACAAACUAAAAGUGGUACGUGACCAGAUCACACACUGCACUAUGAAGCUACGGCAGACCACCGGCAUGAUGGAGUACUGUCUAGAAGUCCUCAAAGAGAAUGAUCCAAGUGGUUUCCUCCAGAUCUCAGAUGCUCUGAUCAAGCGAGUGACGUCGUCUCAAGACCAGUGGGUUAAAGGGGCCCUGGAGCCAAAGGUUGGCCCUGACUUUGACCUCACUCUCAGUACCGACUCACUGCUACAGACCAUCCUACAGCUGGACUUCUGCCAGGGCAAAGAUGUACAGGAGAAUCCAAAAUUGAAACAAAUGCAGGAAGCAGGCAGUGGUGAGGCUGAGAUGGAGACAGAGAGCCCAGGAGUGGAGCCUAGACCCUCAGUGCCUCCAGCUCCUCUCCUGCAGCUGGAGAAGUGCUGCACAAGGAAUAACAGCGCCACCCUGGCCUGGAGGGUAACUAUGCCCAUCAUCAACCCCAUCGAGGGCUACAUCCUGGAGCUGGAUGAUGGCAAUGGAGGACAGUACAGGGAGGUAUAUGUGGGGAAGGAAACAGUAUGUACAGUCGAUGGUCUUCAUUUCAACAGUUCCUACAACGCAAGGGUGAAAGCUUAUAAUUCCAUUGGAGUGGGUCCAUACAGCAAGACAGUCAUGCUCAAGACUUCUGAUGGUACGUGGUGUGUGCUGGAACUGGCUUAGCUUCCAGCAUGACAGAUGGACUCUUUGUCUGCCUUACUUUUGAUUCUGCUCUUUUGGCUGUCUUGAUUUCAUUAUAUUUUUUUACCCAAAGGAUUUUUUUUGUCUGCGAUCUUCUUUGUAAAACAGGUUUCAUGAUGUAAUUUCAUCUGACCUAUGUAACUGUGAACAGAAAAGCCUCUUACAAAGAGGAGGAGAUUUUUUUUAAAUUUUGUUUUGGGAGAAGGCAGGAGAAAGGUAGGUGGAAGAUUUUGAAGAGGGUGAGGGAAAUACACUGGACAGGAACAGCAGACAAAGAAAGGGGAAGAAAAGAGGAACGGAAUAAUGAAGAGGAAGCGGAUGGAAAAAGCUGAAGUAGACCAGGUUUGAGUAGACAGUAAAGAAAAGUCACAAACAAGAAGAAAACAGAAGGAAAGAAAAGGAGAUCAAAGGAGUGGUUAAGUAA